AUGGCUUGCGAGAACAAUCUUGUUGUGAAGCAAAUCAUCGACUUAUACGACCAAAUCUCAAAGCUCGAGAGCUUAAAACCUUCCAAAAAUGUCGACACCCUGUUCGGACAACUAGUGUCCACGUGCUUACCCACAGACACAAACAUCGAUGUCACAAAGAUGUGUGAAGAAGUCAAAUACGUGAGAUCUAACCUCAUCAAGCUAUGUGGCGAAGCCGAAGGUUAUUUAGAGCAACACUUCUCCACAAUCUUGGGAUCUUUACAAGAAGACCAAAACCCACUUGACCAUUUACACAUCUUUCCUUACUACGACAACUACCUCAAGCUAGGCAAGCUCGAGUUCGAUCUCUUGAGUCAACACUCAAGCCAUGUCCCGACCAAGAUUGCUUUCGUUGGUUCCGGACCGAUGCCUCUCACAUCCAUCGUCUUGGCCAAGUUUCACCUCCCGAACACGAUGUUCCACAACUUUGACAUCGAUUCACACGCAAACACACUCGCUUCAAGCCUCGUUUCUCGCGACCCGGACCUCUCAAAACGCAUGAUCUUCCACACAACGGACGUGCUAAACGCUAAGGAAGGGCUAGACCAAUACGACGUCGUUUUCUUGGCCGCUCUCGUUGGGAUGGACAAAGAGGCAAAGGUCAAAGCCAUAGAGCACCUGGAGAAACAUAUGGCUCCUGGAGCUGUCCUCAUGCUACGGAGUGCUCAUGCCCUUAGAGCUUUCUUAUAUCCGAUCGUUGACUCUUGUGAUCUCAAAGGCUUUCAGCUUUUGACCAUCUAUCAUCCAACCGAUGACGUGGUUAACUCGGUUGUGAUCGCACGCAAGCUCGGUGGUUCGACCACGACAGGGGUUAAUGGUACUCGUGGCUGCAUGUUUAUGCCUUGUAACUGCUCUAAGGUCCAUGCGAUCAUGAACAAUCGUUGCAAGAAGAAGAAGAUGAUCGAGGAGUUUAGUGCCAUCGAGUAA